CGGAUUGAUCCACUUCAAACACGUGCUGUAAAGCGGAAACAACAGACUGAAAACAGAACGAGAAGCUUUCGAUUCUAGACAUUAAUAAUCCAAACAAAGACCUGAGUAUGUCGUCGUCUUGGAGCUUCACAAAAUAACGCGGACGCUUGAACUACACCUUUUAUAAGAAUGAAACCGUAGAUGGGAUACAUCUUUACACAACCAGACGACGUAAGCUGUUUCGAUUUUCAAACGUAAACAUCCGCCGAGCAGUUCCCGUCCAUGUGUGAGUAGACUCUUCACUGUGCUACCCGUGUUUAGAAUGAGUGUUUCGGUCUAAAACAGAGGACAUGCCAUUCCCAGCUAACGGUCAGUUAAAAUACAACUUGAGUUGAUUUAGUUUUAAUCACAAGUGGUUUGCUAAGCCGUCAGCGUUAGUAAAGAUGCGAAUGGGUUAGCACGCGAGCUAACUUGGCUACGAGAACUGUGUUUUUGUAACUACAGACUCGACUAUGUCGUUUGACAGCACAAAUAAUAUAUAGUCCUUUUCGGCAAACAAAUGAUACAGUUUCACAAGCGGACAUCCUUAUUAUGGGUCUAACGUUACUGAACUUUGUUUUUAGUUCAAUUGGGAAAUGCAUAGAUGUCAUUUGCCUCCUCCUGGAUUUAAAUUUUGUGAUUGUCAGCUCAGUGAUUCAGCUGUUGGUGGCAGUGAUCUCCUUUAUCAAUAGUCUGCCCAUGCUUCUCACAAAUUCAGUGUCGGAGUGCUGGAAUCUCGGUCUGCUUUGCAUCAUCACCAUGAGGGACGGAGUGACCGUCGUGACCCAUAACAUGUUCGGAGGCUGGAUGCAGCUGCCGGGAGGCGUCCUGGAAAGCUUCAAGAUGAUCGGAUACCUGUCUUCGCAUCUACUGCUCCGCACCAAAGAGCUUCUCCAUCGUGGACUGUUGUCGGGACACAGUUUGCUGCGCCAGGCCUGGGAAGGCUGUGGGAUUGUGUUUAGCUUGCUGCUGUAUUUCAUCAACACGAUCAUCAACUUGCUGCUCAUAGGCACGCAGAAUUUAUACUCUGUGGUGGUCAGCACGGUGGAAGCAGUGUCCUGCCCUUUGCAGAAAGCCCUUGAGCUGACUUUGACGGUGUUGACGUUUCUUUACAGCAGUCUUGUCGGCACCUCCAUCCUGCUGUGGACGCCAUGCAGACUGGCGAUGGAGUUCCUGGGAUCCAUGUGCCAUGUAUUUGUGAGCAUUUUCCUGCUCAACUCUUACGGGCUGCUGCUCACGUUGAUUAUAAUCCGUCUCCAAAGGGCUCUACAUCGUCUCUAUGUGCUCGAGAGGCAUGUGUGGUGGCGAUUGGCCUGGCAUCGCAGCCAGAUAAUGGCUCCUGCAAGGAUGGAAGUGGCUGAGAGGGACGUUAGACAGCCUGAUCCCAACCCUGAGCCUCAAGUUGAACUAAAUGUGCCGGAAAAUGCACCUGAGGAUGCCCACCAAGUGGACGAGCCUAUAAACCCGCCGCUUCCCAGUUCCAGCACUCACAAGCCAUUCCGGAAGUUUCCUUCGGAGGACAGUUGCAAAGGCCCUCCAGCUGACAACCUGCUGACUCUUCUGCAGGAGCAGGAGGAGAGGAAGAAGUGCGUGAUCUGUCAGGACAGCACCAAGACCGUCGUGCUCCUACCGUGCCGUCACUUGUGCUUGUGUAGAGACUGCACCAACAUUUUGCUCAGCCAGCCUGUCGACCAACAGAACUGCCCCCUGUGCCGCCACAUGAUCCUUCAGACCAUGGACGUGUAUCUCUGAGGGAAGCAUUUAGGGAUGUGUUUCUGUCAUCCUCAGGUUUUUUGAGCGCUACUGUUCUUCAAAUGUGGGAAACCACUUGUUCCUUUAUCAUAGAUGAUCAUUCCACUACUGUUGCUUGUAUAUAGAUUUAAAUCACAACCUUUUCUAAAUCGUGAUCGCGAGGCUGCUGACUGUGACUGUGCUUUCUUAUGAUUUUAUAUUCAUUGUCACUUUUUUCAUCCGCUUGUAGAAGCAACACUAUUUUUGUCAUACAGCAAUAUCACAUGAAUGUAAGCUUUGUAUUAAAAACAUUAAAAUGGGGUGUUAAUUCUUAAGAUCGAAGAUUUAUAAUUGUCAAGUGUUUAUGGGGAACAUUUGUAUGCUACAAUACUAAUGUUGGGCCUUAUAUUAUGAAUUGUCUACUUGAUUUGUUUCUUGCCUGACUUCAUGGGAACUUUUGAAACCGCACAAUAAUCCACAAGUAAUUAAUGUCUUCAGUCCAGCAAUAAGUGUUUUGUGAAGUGUAAAGCUGUGUUUUUAUAAUAUGCAGAUCCAUCAUUUAGACAUUUUUAACUUAAAACCAUUCCAAAAUGUCCUUUAUCCAUAAUAUUACUUUCUCCGGUAAAAAAAAGUCAUCAUGUCUGAAUCAGGAGAGAAAUAUGCACAGAUUAAGCCAUGUUUACAAGUGAAAACAGUCCAAAACAUUUCUAGACAAAUAUGUCGGUGGAUUUUGAUGCAAGAGGACUACAUGGGAUGGACUUUUUCAUUGGAGGAAGUGUUAAUCUUGACAGAAAUGGUAGUUUAAACUUCAGAUGUUUCUUACAAACAUGCAGCUUUUCAGUGUUAAUUGAUGGAUUGAAGUCUUGUCGAUUACCUGUGGAUUAUUGUGAUGUUUAUAAGGAAUAUUUGUAUACUACAAUUAAUGUUGGGCCUUUGUAUGAUUUGUUGUCUGCUUUUUUUUUU